AUGCUGCGGAAAUUCGUGGCGGGGAUGCUGCUCCGGCUGGAUGGAUACAGGAGCGAGGAUGCUGCGGCAGUGCCCGCCCGACACCUCCCUCCGCCUCCAGGCUGGGAAAAGGGAGGCGAGGGAGGGCCAGGGGCAGCCUGGAGCCCGGGGGAGGCAGAGGGGGAGGCGGAGCUGGCCGGGACGGAACCGGCCUCUCCCUUCCUUGCAGGACACCUGAGCCCCACUGCCUGCACCCUGAGGAAGCACAAGACGAACAGGAAGCCCCGAACCCCGUUCACCACUUCCCAGCUGCUGGCUCUGGAGCGCAAGUUCCGCCAGAAGCAGUACCUGUCCAUCGCCGAGAGAGCCGAGUUCUCCAGCUCCCUCAACCUCACAGAGACCCAGGUCAAAAUCUGGUUCCAGAAUCGGAGGGCCAAGGCCAAGAGACUGCAGGAGGCCGAGCUGGAGAAGCUCAAAAUGGCAGCGAAGCCCAUGUUGCCGUCGGGGUUCAGCCUGCCCUUCCCCAUCAACUCCCCCAUCCAGGCUGCCUCCCUGUACGGCACAUCCUACCCUUUUCACAGACCUGUGCUCCCCAUCCCGCCCGUUGGACUCUACGCCACUCCCGUUGGAUACAGCAUGUACCACUUAUCCUAAGAAGAUCCCACAGAGCCUCAGACAGACAGACAGACAGACUUCCUGGUGGAUCCUGUCCAGCCCUGAGAAGGCAGAACCCCAACCGGUGCUGGCCAUUCCUUCUGCACGCUUCUGUCUCGGCACCUGGGAGUUUGCUACGGGUUGGGCGUCUCCUGAGAGUGCUCUGAGCACUCAGAGUCUGCUCCUCAAAGCAAAG